ACCACAUGAUCAUGUCUUCUCACCAUAAAUUCUAUAGUCCACAAGUUGAUUACCAACUUGGGAGACCCUUAUUGAUCACAUAGAGUAGAGACAUUAGCAUGUGCCGUGUCUGGUUAGAUUGCUCAGGAGCUUGUUACAAAGCCUAUCUAAUAGUUUCUCUCCUUCUAUAUAAUGAAACAAGCUAAUGGCAUUCUUCAUCAACAAGAACUUUCAUUCAAAGAGCUCUACAAAAAAAAAAAGAACUCACAAAAAAAUUUCUCCUUCAUUCUCACUCCAUCUCACUUUCCGAUCUAAAUCUUUGUUUAAAAUGAUGAUGAACACAAAGAAGCUAAUCAAGAUGGCCAAGAAAUGGCAACAUAGAGCAGCCUUAAGCAGGAAAAGAAUCUCAUUUCAGAAGUCAAGUGCUACUCCAAGAAGCUCAGCCGCUGUAGAGAAGGGCUGUUUCGUGGUUUACACGGCGGAUAACAUCCGGUUUGCUUUUCCAAUAAGUUACCUGAGCAACUCUAUUGUCCAAGAGCUCUUGAAAAUAUCUGAAGAAGAGUUCGGUCUCCCGACGGAAGGACCAAUCACAUUGCCAUUUGAUUCGUCAUUCUUAGAGUACAUAAUCAAAAUGAUCCAACGAAGAAUAGAUGGAGAUACAGAAAAGGCUCUGUUGUUGUCAAUCUCUACUGCUAGAUGCUCUUUGCAACAACAACAAUUUAGUAUUAAUCAACAAUUGCUUGUAUUUUAGAAUUUAGCAAAAAUCUAUGUGUUUUGUAAAGUUAAUAGUGGAUUUGAUAGACAGAUCAUUUCAGAAAUACAAAUUAUUAUUUUAUAAUCUUA